CCAGCUGUCUGGAAUAAAAAAAAAAAUCAUCAACAAAACACGUGGGGUUUUAAUUCAGUGUUGAAUAUUACAAUUUGAUUUAUUUAAUUAAUAAAUAAAAAAUAAAGUAAAAAUGAAGGUUAAACAAGAUCGUAAACAAAAGCCAGUCUUGAAAGUUAAAAAAGAAACAAAAAACAGCGAAUCUUCUUUGAAUAAAGCUGUCAAAAAUGUUAAACAAAUUUUAAAGAAAAAAGUUGAACCAACAGAGACUAAAAAGGUAGAAGAAAAACCGAUUAAUAAUGUAGAAGAAAAUAGACCAUUUCGUUCGGUUAAUAAAAGUAAAAGUAUAAUUAAAAUCAAAGGAAUUAAAGCCAAAAAACCAAGGACAUUUAAAAAGUCUUAUGUAAAAGAUUUAAAAAGAGGAUUGGUCUACAUUGGUCAUAUUCCACAUGGAUUUUAUGAAGAACAAAUGAAAGAAUAUUUUACUCAAUUUGGAAAAGUAACACGAGUUAGAUUAGUCAGAUCAGCCAGGACUGGAAAAAGUAGAGGCUAUGGUUAUGUUGAGUUUGCAUUGCCAGAUGUUGCUGUUAUUGCUGCAGAGUCCAUGAACAAUUACCUGAUGAAUGGUAGAUUAGUUAAAACCACCUAUAUUGCUCCAGAGGAUCAACACAAAAAAUAUUUUAGAGGUCCAACAUGGUCAGAAACAACAUAUCCAAGAUUGACAAACAGAACUAACUACAUUGAAAAAUAUAAUGCUCCAAUUUCUGAGGAACAACAUAAACUUAAGGUUGAAAAAACUUUAGAAAAAUUUUCUGAUUUAUCAAAAAAAUUAAAAGAAGAAGGAAUUGAUUUAGACUUCAAAGUUAGUCAAACAACAUCAUAAAAUUAUUAAAACAAUACAAUUGAUGAAACUUUUUCUAUACAAUAUAAUUUUUUGAAAUAAAGCUAAUGAUUAUCAAUUAUUAAAA